AUGAGUCAUUCUCACUUGGAUCCGCCGCGUGGUGUAUUCACGCUACCAACACCUUGCGACUUGAAUAAUGCGUUCUGGGAACCUGUAAAGACGAACGACCACUUUGUUUUACAACGAACGAAAGGAUCGAAAAACGCUAUUUUACGAGGUGUUCUUGGUACUAUCCAAAAUGUAUUUGACACAAAACAACCACCGUUUAGACUGUUAUUUCGUAGCGACGUCAAUGGCCUUGCGCUACAAAUUGCAGUAUCUCAGACUGAAAAGGGUAUCGAUGAUGCUUGGAGCUGGGCUACAGACAACCUCCAAGCUGGACUUGGUAAGCUGGAUGAUCCCUCUGAGAGAGAGAACUAUGUCGUAACGAAAAUAAAUUCUCUGGUAACGAGACAAGACAGGGGAACUGACGAAGUAUCUGAAGAUGAAAGCGUGCGCUCUGCUUCGAGAGCAUUUCGGCAGACAUUUGAUGUAUCUCCAACUGAGAGACUAGUCAAUUUUUAUUCUUGCGCCUAUUAUAGAAGCAUUACCAAUCAGGGCUGGAUGUAUAUUAGCGAAAAUUAUUUGUGCUUUUAUUCGUUUCUGUUAGGAAUCGAGACGAAACUAUUAAUCGAACUGAAAGAUAUAAGAGACUUGGUGAAAGAGAAAUCUAAACGCGGAAUGAUAUCUGAUUCCAUUAAAGUCAUUACCAAAGACGGACAAGAAUAUUUUUUCAGUAAUCUCUUCCACCGUGAUGAGACAUAUGAUUUAUUGGUGCAAUUAACGAGCUUGUCCGUACAACGACUGCUCAAAAAUGCAACUCCAGAAUCAACACCCGGAAUGUCAUUAUCUGACAAUAACCUUGAGCAGUCCGCUGAAAGCAACAACAAUGACAAAAAUAAAAAAGACCUUAGAAUCAGUAUAAGCAAGGAUAAUAAAGAGGAAGACGUACCAAGAUCACCAAUGAUACCACCUUUGAUUAAAGGGCUAGAAGUGCAGAAGAGAGAUAGUGAAUUCCAAGCAAUGUUUGCUCUACCAACAUCAGAACAUUUGCUCGAAGAAUCCAACGCAAUGUUCUCAAUGCCGGAGAAAAAGGAAUCUCAUUCUGGAAAGGUCAGACUCUCGGAAACAUAUCUUACUUUCAUGUCGAAUGGCUGA